UAGAAUUAUGUUGAAGAAGAUUUUAUUAAGAACCUGAUAUAAUCGCAAAAUGGUGACAAAAUCGUUCGACUUAAUUCAAAAUGGAUUCAUAAUACCUGCGCGCUACAUCCAAGUGCUGCUGAUGUUCACCGCAAUACUAUUGGUUUUCUAUCAGCGGGUUAAUUUGUCCGUGGCAAUUGUUGUGCUUAACAAAUUAAAUGAAACAGCAAACACAACUCAACCACAAUUUGACUACGCAUCCUUAACACCACACCAGCGCUCCAGCAUGUUGGGCAGCGUAUUUUGGGGCACCUUCUCAGUACAACUACUCAGCGGCUACCUGAGUAGUCAUUACGGCACCGUCAAGCUGCUGCUGUGCUGCGUGCUUGGUUCCUCACUCAUUAGUUUGGGUCUGCCAUAUGUGCUCGUCUACUGCGGUUACGAUGCUUUUAUAGCGUUCCGCGUGCUGCAGGGCUGUACCCAAGGCAUUGUUUUCCCCGCCGUAUAUGGACAUCUCGCCAAAUGGUGUCCACUGAAAGAACGUAGUCUGCUGGGUGGCGUAUCACAAUCGGGCUUGGAUAUGGGUAUGGCACUGGGUUUCUUAUGUAGCGGUUUGCUGGCAGUGACGUCGCUUGGUUGGAUGGCGAUAUUUUAUGUGCCCGGUGCAGCUGGUGUAAUAUGGUCGGCGUUGUGGCUGGCGUUUGGUGCAGAGUCACCACAUAAGUGCCGUUAUAUUUCACAUAAGGAAUGUACACUCAUCGACGAAGUUGGCGUAGCUGCUACCAUCACCAAACGCAAUGUGGCAACACCUUGGUGCGCCAUUUUGACUUCAGUGCCUUAUCUAGUCUUAGUCCUAGUCAAGUUGAGUCAUGGUUUGAGCAUCUUCACUCUGAUGCAACAAAUACCAUUAUAUAUUAACGGUCUGUAUGACUAUGAGAUACAUGUGAAUGCCAUGCUCUCGUCGCUGCCAUUUUUCCUCAUGUUCGUGACGUCACACUUGGUUUCCUACACCGCUCACUAUUUGCUUGUCGUCCGCAAGUGCUCACUGGCUUUGGUGCGCAAGUCCAUGAACACCCUUUCGACAUGGGUACCUGCCGCUGCUUUCGUCGUGAUGACGCUGCUGAGCACAGAGCAUGUUUCGGCAAAUAUUGCGUGCUUGAUUGUCGCUGUGACCACUUAUGCGGCGGCUGCAGUGGGCAGUUCGCUAAAUCAUAUUGAUCUCUCGCCGAAUUUCGGUGGCAUGUUGGUGGGUAUGACAAAUAUGGUCAUGACAGGCAUGGGUGUGAUCUCCCCAAUCGCUGUCGCAGAGAUCGUUAAGGAUGAGAAUGAUCGCUCACAGUGGAACAUAAUUUUUCUAAUAAUUGCUGCAUUAUUGUUUUUGGGAAACCUGCUUUAUUUAAUCUUUGGAGAAAUGGUGGUACAACCUUGGGACAAAAUCGAAAACAAGGAUAAUCGGGCUGCAAACAAUACAGUAGUGUCAUUUCAAGUCGACACAAUUCGGAAUAUUGUAAAAUAA